AGGCGACAGAGAGACGUAAGGAGGGAGGCGACGGAGUGAGGGGGGAGACUGCGAGGGGCUUCGAGGUGGACAGAGCGACGCUCGCUCCGCACGCGUUGCUCUGUCUAGGAAAGCCUCUCUCUCUCCCCCCCCUACCCUCUUCGCCUCCAGCAUCAACAGCAGAGCUCCCUCCCCAUUGUUGUCGCUCACCGGUCCACUGAAGGCUGUGGUUCGACUCCCGACGUCGCCGUGGAAGGAUGCAAGGCUUCGAGAGCCCUGCCCAGGCCGAGUGAUUUCUUUAGGGGGCGGGGUGAAGCCGUUCUACCGACCACAAAGGGGGGGGGGGCACCUCCUCGGCUCCUAGACCCCCCCUCCGGGGUCAUCUCCUCCGUGACCUUCUCGUGACCCCGCUGGACCACCCCACCAUGACUCCUCGACCCUUCACCCCCGACCCCGUGUCCUCCUUCACUCCCGAUGCUGGUGUCGGGAACCCGGGGGCCAGUCGCUGCGACGACAUGGCGGUGCGUACCUACGAGGUGGUACCGGCGGCCAUCGCCGCCACGUGCUGCCUCUUCGGCUUGAUCUACUGCUUCUUUGGCUACCGCUGCUUCAAGGCGGUCAUGUUCCUGACGGGGCUGCUCUUCGGUUCGCUCGUCAUCUUCCUGCUCUGCCACAAGGAGCAGGUGUUCGAGGCGCGCCUGGGCCUGGAGGCGAGCGCCGGCGUGGCGGUCGCCAUCGGCCUGCUGUGCGGCCUCGUGACGAUGCUCCUCCGCUCCGUGGGCCUCUUUGUCACGGGCCUCACGCUGGGCCUGCUGCUCGCCUCGGCCGCCCUGGUCGUCGCCGAGCAGUUCGCCCACCCUCCGUCGGCCUGGGUGCCGGCGGGCGCGCUGCUGGGCGCGGGCGUGGUGUGCGCGCUGCUGGCGCUCCACUGGCAGAAGGCCGUCACGGUCGCGGCCACCUCCGCGCUGGGGGCAGCGGCGGUGACGGCGGCGGCGGACUACUUCGCGGAGGGCGGCGCGGCGCUGGCGUACGCGUACGAGCGGCUGCACGCGGCGCGCAGCGAGGCGCCGCCCUGCUGGUACAGCUGGGCCGUGAUGGCGGCGUGGCCCGUGCUCGCCCUCCUGGGCGGCGUAGUGCAAUGGAGGCUCACGGCCGACGGCUACUCGCACAGCGAAGUCAUAAUCAGGCACCACCGCAAGCGUGUGCCGCUGAAACGCAUCAGGCAGCAGGACGCGCGGAAGCGAGUGCGCGGAGCAGCGCAGCCCGAGGCCACAUACAGGCGCAAGCCCUGCUCCGUCAAGCGCAUCGAUGGAGAUGUCCUUUCUCCGAGCUACAUCCGCAGCGUGCGCGAUCGGCAGCACGGCACGUCGCUCAGCAGCCUCGCAGCGCCGCCCCACGCCGUCGUGGACGUCGAGUUCGACUCCGGCUCCAUGGUGCCUCUCACGGCCGCAAACCGUGCCGCGCGAAAGUGACGCGGCGGCUGGGGUCCUCCUCCCCGGUGGCUGCGCCACCGUUGUUGCCACCGCUACGACGACCACUACUGCUCCUACUAAGGCCGCCACUACUGCCAGCCAGCCGUCACUGUUUUAAAUUGCUAGCAACCGUUAAUCGUCGCCGUCGUGUCAAUCUUCACCAGCACCACCGCAACCGCACCACCGCCCGCGCCGCAAUCACGUUGCCACUACCAUUAUCGCCACCGCCACCAUCUCAAUAAUAACCGGUACUUUCGGAACCGUUACCAUCAUCACCGUACCACCACCACCGCUGUUCCCACGAUAAAUACCACUUUCAGCACAGCACCACCACCACCGUCAUCAUCACCACGCCGUCACUCCCACCACGACAAUCUCCCACCAACGCUACUAUUUUCGUAAUUACCAUGACUGCCAUCACAUUACACUAUGUCAUCAUCAACCACUCGCAGCACCACCUUCGCACUAUUAACACCACUAUAGAUAGUAUUCACCACCGCCAUCAUCGUCACCGUCAUCUUUUGCAAUAGGUAUGGCGGUUUACAUUUUGAAGAUAAUCAGUUGCUUGCAGUUAAUGGAAGAGUAAUACAACAAGUAAUGAGAUCAGCCACAUAGUACAGGGGUUAGAGUUGACAUGGUACCGAUGAAAGCAAAGGGCCAGGGAUAAGGAAGUGUGUAGGAGGUGAGCGUGGGUGUUUUGGGGUGGGGGGUAAAAUGCUGGGGAGAGUUAUGUUGAGGAUAAGAGGUACAGGAGGGAGUCAGCAGAGAUUGCAGGGAUGGGUCAGGAUAUUUUCCAUUUUUAUAGCUCCAUGCCGUAAUUAAUUUAGGCUAUUAUUUUGCACUUUUAUCUGUUUUUCUUGCUUGUUUUAACAAGAUAAAUGGCCCUUGACACAUCCCCGGAUCAUAAUAUCCAUGCUGAGCUGUAAACAACCCUCCCCUUCCUUAUAUGUGGCUCGGUCUCACAUCAAAACACAUCGGACACAGGGCUAUUGUGAAAUGGUGAAACACAGAAAUGUAUUUACCGCACAAGGCUCUUACAAUUUUUAUAUGGUUUUACCCAAGUAAACUAUUUAGAGAUCCUCGCCAAACCCUUAUGGUCCGGUGUUAUUGUGACGCACACCCAUGGCCAGUGCCGUGGCCUGGAGGCCGGUUUGGUGGCUCAUGCAUGGAGGAACGUGCCCAGUUCCUUAGUCAAGCCACUGCUGGACUAGGGCCUCCCCGUGCCUUUGCGUGCCAUGAGGGUUAUUUGACCAUUCUUCACCACGCUUGUCAGUGUUGGGUUGGUGAAGGUGGCGAGCAUUGACCUGGGGGCAUAAAAGUAGAGUACAGAAACACAUUCUUCUGCAGCGUCCUCUGCUGACCACCACUUUAGCACUUCCUCGCCGCCGUCUAUGACGACCUGCCAUGCGCAAGUGCUUCACCCACCACCCCCAAUCACUUUCCAGGCUCAAUCCCGCUGAGAUUCCCAGAUCUGGCGAGGGUCUGGCGCAGUCCGGGUGAUUUGGUCCCAGGCCAUGGAGCGAUGCGAGUCCCUGAACUGCCACUUGUAACAACGGCCACCGUGACGAUGGCGAGACGCAGACCUGUGGGGUGAUGAGGCCGGUGCCUUUAGUCGGCGGUACUGACCGCAGUUUUGAUAAGCUUAUCCAUGCUGAAGGGUUUUGAGAGUUCCCACCUUUGCAUGGAUUUUCUCCAGGCACUCCAGUUUUGUACCACUUUACAAACGAAGGAAUUGUACUGCGUAGGUUUCUUUUUCGCGUUUGUGCCGUACUGUAUAGCUGUACCUUUGGGGUUUUUUUUUCCGUUUGCACCGCGACGUGUUGUUUGGCAUGAUGUCAAGACGCUUCGCUCCACGUGCUGGCAGCUUCUUCACGAAGUGAAUCGACUACGAAUCUCCCACCGUGCGGAGUGAAAUGUCGGGCAUCGUGUCCCGAGGGGGGGUGGGGGGGGGACGCCUCACGGAAACAACCUCUGAGAACCUGUUGCAGAGUCAACAAAGGAGUUGGUCAGACAAUCCCACGCAGGGAACCCUCCAGGAAAGUAAAAAAAAGAGUCUUAAAGACUCGGUGAAGCUUGCCAGAGCAAAGGGCGUCAAACUUUAACGUGCGACGAUUAUUACGUCUUGUAAAAUGCCUUGCAUCGGGACGAGCGCAUCACGGCAACGACAUUUUACCAACGCCUCAUAUUUCACAGUCGUUCACUUAUGGUUAGUGUUCAUUUGUUACCCUACCGCCUAAAUAAAUUACUGGAUAGAAAUAUGGAGGAAAUAGUGUAAGUUAUGCUACUUAAUCUAAGAAGAACAUUUGCGUGCACAAGUGGCGCGGAUGGCUGUGGACAUUUGAAGAUUAUUAUUUUUUUGGACAAAUGCUUUUUUUUUUCAAUUGAGGUAUUGCUACAUUUUUAAAGACAAUUGUCUACCCUUUUGUGUUGUCGUUUGCCAAACCCACGAUAGAUUUUGGUUUACAUUAUAGAGUUGCAAAUCAUGACUAAUCAUUAGGGGUAUAAUGGUACGUUGAUUCCGAUCGAUUAUUUCGCUCAAGAUACAGGUAAGGAAUUUUCGGAGCAACAACCAAUGUUUUCUGAUUCGUAUUGCGUGAAUGUAAUGGGAUAAUGUCACCACCACCAGCCAUUGGAGGCGGCUCUAUUCACCACAGUGUUCAAGUUUUAGUUUAUCUUGAAUCAAAUCAACACCCUUAAUCGUUGCGAUUACUGUAAUUUAAUCUUGAGGUUAAUUUAAUUGUCGUACCCGAGUGAAUUUUUCUUUCGUCGAAUUAAGCUAAAUUUGUAGUUGAUAGGAAUCAACAAUUACACACUUAAAUGGUACAUGUAUUUAUAAAUGUUUUAAUGGUGUUUAACAAAGUGUUUUUUUUUUCUUGUAGUUAAUUUGGUUAUCACAGCGAUCCAUAAACUGGCUGGUGCUCUGAGCCAAAAUAAUGCCACUCAUUAAACACUUGCGUGGCAUGACUGCUAAUUGAACUAACCUUUUGAAUUCAACUUAUAAAUAAUAAUUCCCGCUAUAGUUUAUAGAUGGAACAGUACACAAAUUCGUUGAAUAAUAUCGGUUGUUAAACUCGCCAAAUACACACGUACGAUUGCAAGCGGUUAAAUAAUCAAUAAUUCACGAUUGGUACAUGUCACCACAUGCCGUUGGUUCAAGCUGCCCCUGCAACGCAUUGCAGUGAAUAAUCGCGAUGAUUGUUGAUUCGGAUCGUCCCGAAUUGCACCCUGAAUCCUGACCUCGCAUCAGAGGGUUAGGGAGGAAGGGUGUGAAGGAUAUAUUUCCCCCCCACCCGUAACAGUUUACAUUGCCAUCCUAAGCUCGGAAUUUUAUAUUUUGAACGCUGAAAUCAAGACUCGCAUCUGACGUGCACGUUUUACAGUCAUUGUGUGUUUUUUUUUAUCACUUCAGAAGAAGUUUACGUAGGGGAACUCUCGCCGUUAUUUACCAAUCAAUCGCACGGGGGAGGGGGAGUCCACAUUAAACAUGCGGAUUUUUUUUUAAUCGUUUGGGCAUCACUGCCGUGGAUUUGUAGAGCGAAUUUGUAAAGCACGUUUGUAUCGAGUGAUUUGAGUAGUUUUUUUUUAGUCGGUUCCAGUCCAGACAGAUUAAGUGUCUUGUUUUAGGUUCGUCUGAGAGAGGCUAGCAUAGUUGUAGGCCCAGAUUUGUUUAACCACUUGCCCUGUUUUCCCCAGGAUCGUCCUCUUGUUGAGGCAACUUAUCCUGGCAUCUCUUAGGCUCUUAAGUCUUCCCGGGACAUAGCAAUUUCUAGUUUGUGUCGGUUGCAUAAUAAUGCACCACUCAAGGUCAUGCAUUUGAUAUGUCGUUCUCCCCCUCUUGUGGUGCUUUGAGAUGUUGCCAUGAUGAGUAACCAUUCAUUUUUUUUACCUCGUAGGUGGCAACUGUGCUUUGUGGACGCUGCCUGAUUGAGCUCGUUAGCACGCCAUUAUAACCGUACAUAAUUAUUCUGCUACAUAAGCUCUAAGAUAUAUGAGGGGGGGGGGGGGAGUUUCCACCUUCAUACUUUUAUAAAUUACCUGUCUAAAUCUUGUUUUUGUUGUUUUCGUGACAAUUUCUACAGUGUAAAUCCAGUUUAUUUUUGGGGAUAAAUGUGAAAAAAACAAGUAGAUUUUCUUGUAGCAAACGCUUUGCUCUCUGGGUUAUUGCAUGCAAUUGGGCAGUCAUGUGAGCCAGGAUGCCCUCGCAAUGCAGUGUACCACAUGCGGAUUGGCUACGUAUUGUGCGAGAGGUUCAACAUACAUAAAAAAGUAUUGCGUUAACUUAUUUUAGGAAAGUACACAGUCUGUGUUGGCCUUGCCACUCUGGGUUAAAUAAUACAAUAUUUCCAGCAUAUACAUUCGUGAAAUUCUCUUGUUGCUGUUUUGCAAUGAACCAGUGCCUGCUUUGGUCGCUAUCAACACGCUUUUGAGCAAAACCUGCCUCUUAAGAACAACAUAAAUCCUGUGUUCAUCCUUACAUGCAUUAUCUUGUGACCUUCAUUAACAAACGUGUAUGUGUGCUGUUGUAAUUACUGUAUAUCAGUGUGUUCCUAAAUAAUGCAAAAAAGAAGGGGGUCGUCAUUUGUGCGUGCGUUUCAUAAUCUGAAAUGUCUUUUUUUUUGUUUUAGCUCGUGUCUUCGGCUACACGCACAAUCGUGCGCCACGACUGUAAUCGCAGAGUUUAAUUUAAAGCAGAUGCUAGGCCUGUCGAGAUUUUUUGCAUUUUGAAGAAAUGUCGUUUCUCGGCGCCCGCGUUUCCACAUCGUGGACAAAGCCGCCCUUACAAGUCGCCUCUUAUUAAAAGUCGAUGUCAAGCUCCUACGGACAUUACGAGAAACGUCUGUAUACGCAUUUGCAUGUGGGAAGUGUGUUUCUCCGUUAUGCACACCCUAUUAUCAAACAGGCUCGUGACUAUAACUCGUGAAAUGCCCGUUGAGAGAUAAUGACUCCCCCAAGACAAAGUUCUCUUCUAGCCUUGCCAGACUUUUGGGGCAAGUGCUGUUAGCGGGCACCUAUGAAAGCCUGUACGGCACACGAGGGGAUGGGUGGCCAGCACCACGCCCGGCCACCUUCGUCUCCCCAGCGGCAAUGUUUACACAUUGCACCAGGCACUCAUUUGAGGCUGAGUUGACCUAGGGGCGGCCCAGGCUCCCCUCACCCCAAGAUACACAAACCUUUUUCCCAAACGCCUCUUGCCUAUCUGUUGUAGCAUUUUCAAGCGGGGGCUUGUAUUUAAACGCCUGGCUGGUUUAAAUGGUAAAGUGGAUUAGCAGUGGUGGGGCCAAUACGGUGAACUGUUGGGUCAAGUUUGUUGUCAUUUUUACCUCGUUCGGCAAUCAAGGAGGCAUCUCCUUUUCGCGCUGGGUGAGGCCAAGCUUUGGCCAACCCUUGGGAUGAGACCUUGAUUGUAAAGUCACGAUGGUGGUGGGGUCCCCCUUGACUGACAAAUGGGACGGAGCUAAUGCACCCGAUGCUUUCAACCUGAGUUGGAGUGCGUUCAGGUGGUAGUGCACAGCCUGAAACACACUACCAGAUGCAAAUGCAGACGGCGUGUGUUGUAAUGUCCUAAGGUUUAGCGUGUGGUUUAAAAAAAGCAAUGUGUAGGGAUGUGGAAAUGUUUAAUGUUUACUAUCAAAAAGGAACUGUUUGCAUUCAUGGCGAAAAGAAAACAACUAUGUAGGUGUAAUUGUGCGUUUGGAAACAUUCAGUGUUUUAUAACUGUAUUUUAUGAUUAAUACUGUAAUAAUUGUGUUUGAAAUAAUUUGUACAUAUGUUGA